GGCUCAUCUACAUGUCAGUCAUUGUUUAGCCCCGCCCCCAGCUGGCUCCAGUCGAGUGACGAAAGCAAGAGCGCAGGUGCACGGGCUGGAAGCUGCGUCCGAUCCGCACCAAAUAAACCUCCUGUUAAGAUGGCCUCAGCAAACGAUGCUCGAUAUGGACAAAAAGAGUCUGCGGAUCAGAACUUUGACUACAUGUUUAAGAUCCUGAUCAUUGGUAACAGCAGUGUCGGCAAAACCAGUUUCCUGUUCCGCUAUGCUGAUGACUCCUUCACUCCCGCUUUCGUCAGCACUGUCGGCAUAGACUUCAAAGUGAAGACCAUCUACCGAAAUGACAAGAGGAUAAAGCUCCAAAUAUGGGACACUGCUGGACAGGAGAGGUACAGGACCAUCACCACAGCAUACUAUCGUGGAGCGAUGGGCUUCAUCCUGAUGUAUGACAUCACCAACGAGGAUUCCUUUAAUGCCGUUCAGGACUGGUCCACACAGAUUAAGACGUAUUCAUGGGACAAUGCUCAAGUACUGCUGGUGGGAAACAAGUGUGACAUGGAAGACGAGAGAGUGGUGGCUUCAGAGAGAGGAAGACAGCUGUCUGAUCAGCUAGGCUUUGAGUAUUUUGAGGCCAGUGCCAAGGACAACAUUAACGUGAAGCAGGCGUUUGAGCGACUGGUGGACAUAAUCUGCGAGAGGAUGUCAGAGAACCCGGAGACGGCGGAUCCGUCCAUCACAGGAAACAGACCGGGCCCUCAGCUCAGUGAGCAGCCGCAGCGCUCCCACAAAGACUGUGCUUGCUAAGAGUCCCUCUCAACCUCUCCUCCGUUCCCAGCAGACUGAACAAUGGACGCUCUAGGAAACAAGGCUUCGGUAAGAGAAGAGCUGAUGGGAUGCAGCUGAGAACCUGUCCUCUCUCUGUCCCUUCUUAUCUCUUCAGCAUUUGAAUAAUUUAAUCUCUUUUAGAUUUCGGGGUCAAAUUAAUUCAGACGUGAAAUUGGGUGAAUUACAUUUUGUUUUGGUACACCGUCUGCUAAAACAAAUGUUGCUAAAAUUCGAGCGUCUCUUAGAUAUGUUUUCAGAUUCGUCCUCAAUACAUUGCCAGAAGAUAUUUUAUUAUUGUCUAAACGGUACAUUUGGGACAAGAUUGUCGUGUGGAAACCAUCGGCAUAAAAGCUCAUCCCAAGAUGGAACGAUUGAAUGAAUCCUAAGCUUGAAUUGUUCAUAAACGCCAUUUCGCUCUUAAUUUUUAAAUGAAAGAGUGAAAAUGAAAUGCGCACUAAUUAAUUUGCUCCCUAUUAUUUUUUAAAUAACAGCAAGUGUAUUUUGUAAGACAUAUAUUAUAUUAUAUAAGCAAAAAUGGUAUAUGUGUUAUAAUAGAUGUAAUUAGAAAAGAUAAAUAUGAUGUGCUUAAUUGCUUCUUGUUUUGUAAUAUAAAGGAAUGAAUGAAUUUAAGUGUGUUUUCAGUUACGUGUUCUGCUUUUCCCCCGGUUCCUACAUACAGGUGGUCUCAAACUCACCAUAAAGAGAGUGUGUGUGCAUGUUAGUAUGCCAUCCUAGUAUAUUGCAGAUGUUUAGUUUUUACAGACUGCCGAUUACUGCUGUUCUACAGGCUAAAAACACAAUAAAAGCUUUAAUUAAAAGACAGGCUAAAUCAAGGAAGAGCAGCUAAUGGGUUUAAAGAAUUAAAAGAUUUCGAAAAGGCUAAUAUUUAAACAAAAUGCAUUGUGAUUAGCUUGAAGUUCUCAUUGAAAACACUAUAUGCUAUAUGCACUAAAUGAUUGACAUAUGUUAAUGCGCACAGUGAUGUUAAUUUUGUUGUAAUUAGGUAUGUUACUGCUCUAUUUAUUGCUUAUUUAUUUCCAUGCGUGUUCUGCGUUGGAUUAAGAGGGCUGCUGCUAUACUUAAAGAACAGGCUUGGACAUCUGAAAUGUCUCGCUUUUUAUAAAUCAGAGUUUUAAAAUCAAAAGGCAAUGAAUGUUUGGAAACAUCAUGUAUGUAGAAGCUCGCGGUGAUUUCUCCCUAUGCAAUUCAGAAGCUUUGUUAUACCAAAUAGUCACUGGAUGUGCAGGGACACUGUUUGUAAGGUAAUUGACUAUUUAUAUCCUUCGUUUAAAACCUUUUUUACAGCCCAACAAAUACCAAACCACCGAGAUUUCCUUUUUUUAUACAGAGAAAUUUGACACAUUAGUAUGCGCUAUAGGCAGAGUGAUCACUGUUAAAGUACAAGCCAAAAAAACAGAGUUUUGGAUUUGAUACUCUUUUUGUAGUUGGCAGUUUGAGUAUUGUUUGUUUUGUAAUUUUUGUAAAAUAGCUCUGUCAUUUUUAAAAGUGAUAUACAUCAUGCUGUGUUUCACCCUGAGAGAUAAUGGUAAGAAAAAAACCACUGUAUUAGCAACCGAUUAUAUUAGCAGGACGAUCGGUGUCAUGAGUUUUACGAGAGUCAAGUGACCACUUGCUUCUGUUUAUUGAAUUCAAUAAAAAGCUACGUUAUAAA